CCCACAAAACCAGUGUUAACCAUCAUGCAUCACUGGAGCUCCUGCAUGUCUGCAUAUUCUACCACCGCUCUCCUCUCUCAGACUUCUCAGUCUCUGUUCACACUUUAUGUAGUGUCAUCUAGUAUGGAAAGGAGGCAACAAUGGCUCUCCCGACUGAAGAGUGAAUUCGGCAACAGCCCCUUGGUCUCCAACGUGGCUUUCGGCUUCAUCCUGAUGGGCUUGGAGAAGCUGGUUGAGCUGGAGUUCGAGUGUCCGUGCGACCCCAAAUGGAACGGGCUGUUUUCUUCCGCCUUCUUCGUCAUUCCAGCUAUCAUGGCCUUCAUGCUGAUGCUAAUCAUCCAGGACUGCAGGUACGACCUGAGCGGCUGCCCCAGGACAGUGUCCAUCUCCAGCCUGGUUCCGCCCAUCGUCUGGCUGAUCCUGCUCUUCCUGGAUGGACAGUACUUUGCGUGCGCGCUAACAGACUGGAACGGCAGGUUUGUGAUUGUUGACAAGGCGGCUCCUCAGAAGUGGUGUGAGCCGCCGCAUGACGACGGCACGCUGCAGGAUCUCAUGGUGCACUCUCAGGAAUUAUUUGUGGAGUCUCAGGUUAUUGGUAUUGCUCUGUUGAUAUUCAUCUGUGUGGGACUCAUAGUGUACGUGAUCAGAGAGAGCUGCCAGCAGGAAGAGGAACUGCAGGAAGUCAACAACACUUACGAGAUGUAUGAGAUGACAUGACUUCGAACAACAUCGUUAAGCCAAAACCUGUUUUUUGAAGCUAAGGGGAAGAGAAUUCAUAAUGUUUUCUCUACAAAUGCCUCAAGACAGCAAGACCUUGUUUCUCCAGCAACUUCUAAAGGGAAGGGAACACUGCCGGUACCUCCCUCUCCAACCAAGGUGCAUGAACAGAGGUGCAAACUGGAGGAGAGGAGGAAAUUCGCCAACUCUUGGCGAUAGAAAUGCUUGUUCUUGUUAAAAACCAACAUGUUUUGGCCUGUAGCCUUCUUCAGGGUCCAGUGACUUUUACCUUUCCUGCAAACUGUACAUGAAUGUUAUACGUUUGGAAAUGAUACUUUUCUGAUGAACAGUUUUUUAU